CGUGUUGGAAAGGCAAAAGUUUUACGUAAUUAUCUUGUGUAACCGCCGGUGAAAGAGACACGGGACACCGCUCUUGCAGUGUUGCAUUCGACAUCGACGCGGUCGGUUGCGUGCGGUCCGACUACACGCCGAUCUCUCAGUGAAUUCGUAAGCUAGAUUAUUGGAAGUGGAUAGUGCAACGAAAACAAGACAAGUGUACGAAAACUGUUGAAUUAUUAUGUGAAUAAAGACAGUGUUAUGAACAUGGCGAAUAAUUGGAACAUGAUAGAUCUGGCUCCGCUGAGCUGCAGGUGGUUUGACAGGCUCCGGCGUUGCGGGAAGACGCUGCUGCGGCGCCAGAGACGCCUGCUGAAAAGGAUUAAACGGGUGUACCUACACAGUUGGCGCUCAGAAGAGCUGAACAUGUUGGUGGGUGCCAAAGUGGGGGGUGCUACGCCCCUCGUGAUCGCGUGUCGCAAUGGCCACUACGACGUCGCCGAGUACCUAAUAGAGAGGUGCAAGGCGGAUAUUGAACAGCCCGGUUCAGUAACAUUCGACGGAGAGACGAUCGAGGGCGCGCCGCCGCUGUGGUGCGCGGCGGCGGCCGGCCACCUGCCGCUCGUGCGGCUGCUGGUGCGCGCUGGCGCCAACGUCAACUCCACGACGCGCACGCACAGCACGCCGCUGCGCGCCGCGUGCUUCGACGGCCACUACGAUAUUGUUAAGUUCCUAGUCGAGAAUGGGGCCGACAUAGAAAUAGCGAACCGGCACGGGCACACGUGCCUCAUGAUCGCGUGCUACAAGGGCCACAUACGGAUCGCGAAGUACCUGCUGUCAUUGAACGCUGACGUCAACAGGAAGAGCGUGAAGGGCAACACGGCGCUGCACGAUUGCGCCGAGAGCGGCUCGCUGCACAUACUCAAAAUGCUGCUGGGACACGGGGCCACUAUGGACGUGGAUUCCUACGGCAUGACACCCCUCCUGGCCGCAUCGGUGACGGGGCACACGCACAUAGUGGAGCACCUGAUCAACGGCGAGACGGGGCUGGUGUCGCGCCAGCAGCGCAUCGACGCGCUCGAGCUGCUCGGCGCCACGUACGUGGACAAGCGGCGCGACAUGGUCGGCGCGCUCGCGCUCUGGAAGCGGGCCAUGGACGACCGGUUUCCAACAGACGGCAGCGACCCCAUCCCCAAGCCCAAGGACAUCCCGCGCAUAGAGGCGUACGACUACGCGGUGGAGCCGAGCAACGCGCAGCAGCUGGAGGAGCUGCUGGCCGACCCCGACGCGAUGCGGAUGCAGGCGCUCGUCAUUAGGGAACGGAUUUUGGGGCAAGCGCACCCGGACACGUCGUACUACGUGCGCUACCGCGGCGCGGUGUACGCGGACGCGGGCCGCUUCGCGCGCUGCCGCCAGCUGUGGCACCACGCGCUCGACAUGCAGCGCGCCGUGCUGCCCGCGCUGUCGCCGCUCACGCAGUCCAGCCUCUACAGCUUCGCCGAGCUCUUCUCCUACAUGCUGGCCGAGCGCGCGCGCCCGCCGCUCCGGGGUCGCAUCGUUCCACCCGUGACGUUCGAGGACAUCGAGCCGGUGUUCCGCAAGGCGCUGUCCGAGGUGGAGCGCGGCGUGGCGGCGGCGCGGGGCGGCGCGGGGGCGGGGGCGGGGGCGGGGGGCGGCGCGGGGGCGGGGGCGGGGGCGGGGGCCGACCGCGACGCGACGCUCGGCACGCUGCAGCGCGUCGUCGUCAUCGCGCUGCACUUGGCGGCGCUGCUGGCGCGCCUGCUGGACGAGCCCGAGUGCGCGCCGCAGCUCGUGCGCGACGUGCACACCGCGGUCUACUCGCUGGUCAAGCUCGACAUUAAGGUGCGGCAGGGGCGGUCGGCGCUGCACGUGGUGUGCUCGGCGGAGGUGUCGCGGCGCGCGGGCGCGGGGCCGUGGUUCGAGGGCGGCGCGGCCGGCGCGUGCAGCCCCGCGCUCGUCGCGCUCAUGCUGCGCCUGGGCGCGCCGCCCGACGCGCGCGACGCCGACGGCAACACGCCGCUGCACCUCGUGUGCAAGGUAAAGGCUAUUUAUGGCACUUGA